AUGCAGGUGCUGGAUCUUCCAGGCUUUGGCAAGCCUCCUGCUCCCCAGUUCUCUGGCUUCCUUGAUGCUAGCGCGGCAGAAGAUGGGACGAAACUCCACUAUUGGUUUGCCAUGGCUGACGAUGCAACGAAGGCAAACGAGCUUCCGGUCGUUCUGUGGCUGAAUGGAGGUCCUGGAAGCAGCUCUAUUCUGGGCAUGCUCCAGGAGCAUGGACCUCUCCUGAUCAAUGCAACGGGUGGAUUGAUGAGAAAUCCCUACAGCUGGACCAAGCAGGCUAACAUGCUGAUCCUUGAGAGUCCUGGUGGUGUGGGAUUCUCUUACUGUGCAGCAAUGAAGGCAGGUGGCAAUUGCAAUAACACUGAUAUCUCCACAGCUGCAGCUGCACGCGCAGCACUGCAGGACUUUUUUGUGAAGUUCCCGGAGUUCAAGGACAACAAAUUCUUCAUCACAGGACUUUUGAAUCGGCUCCUGAGUGGUGGUCUUUUCGCUCCGCUGCUGCCGACGGACUCUGAACUGACUUCCAUGGAUGAUGAUGCCUUUGACCAGUUUGUAGAGCCGUGGAUGUGCGAUUUGUGCGGGUUUGGACUGACAAGUCGUUUAUCAUCAGAGGCAUACAGAGACAUACAGAGGCUCCGGUGUGAUUCUCAUGCAUGUGACGUUUGUGCUUAG